AUGUUUCCUCUUAUUCAUCUAUACUUGUGUUUUGCUCUCGAGCUUAUGGUUGAAUUUGAAGUUGGUGUUGUUGUCCUUAUUCGAUGCUUUGUUGACUUGUCAAAGCUUAAUGGUGAAGAGAGGAAACCAACCAUAGAGAUGAUUAAUGAUGCCCGUGAGAACUGGGGUUUCUUUGAGUUGGUGAACCAUGGGAUAUCUCAUGAUCUCUUGGACAUCGUAGAGAGACUCAUAAAAGAGCACUACAUGAAAUACAUGGAGCAAAGGUUUAAAAAAAUGGUGCCCAAGAAAGGUCUCGAGGUCGCUCAAUCCGAAAUCGAUGACUUGGAUUGGGAAAGCACUUUCUUCUUGCGUAUGCUGAAAUCGAUGACAUGGUGGCCAACAAGGUCGGUGGCCUCCAGGCUCCUUAAGGACGACCAAUGGAUUGAUGUUCCACCCAUGAACCACUCCAUUGUGAUCAACUUAGGUGACCAAAUUGAGGUCAUUGCCAAUGGAAAAUACAAGAGUGUGAUGCACCAGUGA